AAAAAAAAAAAAAUCCGAAACCGAGCGAAAAAAACCUGCGAGUGGGCCUGGCGGAUGGGAUUAUUAAAGCUUCGCCGGAGCCGAGGCUCGCCCUCCCACUCCGCCAGCCUCCGGGAGAGGAGCCGCGCCCGGCCCGCCCGGCCCCCAGCCCCAUGGACCUCCGAGCAGGAACGUAGGCAGGCGGCGAGCUGUGCUGAGUUCCGGUGCUCACGACUAAACCACAGGUGUUCUCUGCCCCAGACGGCUUUCAGUUUUGCUGCCUAAGAUAUGGGACAUCUUGCCCAGAGUGGAGGCUGUCCUAAUAGAGGGGGACUCGUGGGGGAUGCUCGCGUGCCUGUGUGCUGUGCUCUGGCACCUCCCUGCAGUGCCAGCCCUCAACCGCACAGGGGACCCGGGGCCUGGCCCCUCCAUCCAAAAAACCUAUGACCUCACCCGCUACCUGGAGCACCAGCUCCGCAGCUUGGCCGGGACCUAUCUGAACUACCUGGGCCCCCCUUUCAACGAGCCUGACUUCAACCCACCUCGGCUGGGGGCGGAGACUCUGCCCAGGGCCACUGUCAACCUGGAGGUGUGGCGAAGCCUCAACGACAGACUGCGGCUGACCCAGAACUACGAGGCCUACAGCCACCUCCUGUGCUACUUGCGUGGCCUCAACCGCCAGGCCGCCACGGCCGAGCUGCGCCGCAGCCUGGCCCACUUCUGCACCAGCCUCCAGGGCCUGCUGGGCAGCAUCGCGGGCGUCAUGGCAGCUCUGGGCUACCCGCUGCCCCAGCCUCUGCCCGGGACUGAGCCCACCUGGACCCCUGGCCCUGCCCACAGUGACUUCCUCCAGAAGAUGGAUGACUUCUGGCUGCUGAAGGAGCUGCAGACCUGGCUGUGGCGCUCGGCCAAGGACUUCAACCGGCUCAAGAAGAAGAUGCAGCCUCCGGCAGCCGCGGUCACCCUGCACCUGGAGGCCCAUGGCUUCUGAUCCCUGACCUUUACCACCGUCUCUUUCCCCUCCCCCUUCAAGCCCUGCUCCCACUCUGGGAGGGAGAAACGCGUACACCAACACUUGUUGAGCCAGGAGACAGAAGCCAUGAGCCUCUAGCCCUCCCUGGACUGGGAGGAGGGUGUGAUGCAAUAAGGCCCAUCCCCUCCCCGCUUCCCUAAGUCCUACGGGUCUGGGGAAGAGGUGCAAUAGGCCCCAUCCCAUUUCCACAGGACGUGAUGCUCAAGGGAGCCCACAAUGGUUCAAGUUGGUGCAAGGCUCUCACAGCUUCCUGUUCCCUGCCCACCACUUGCCAGUGCCCACCCAGCCCCUCAAGUGGCACUGCCAGGAAGCGUGCCUGGAGGGCAGGGAGGGGGCCACCAUCGCACGUGCCUUUCUGGGGUGAAGCCCUUUGGCUGCCCUGCUCUCCUUAGAUGGGUGUUGCUCCCCUACCCCCAAAUAACUCAACACAUCCAAUUCAGGAAACAAACACAGUGGCAAGUCCAAACAGGAAGAGAUGGGAUCAAAAAUGGAAGAGGUGGGAUCUGCAUUGGAGGUAAUACUGAAAGCAGAGGGGCAGGGACAGACUGGACCCAGGGGUCCCCAAGGCAGUUGGUGGCACAAGGUGGCAACCAAAAGGACAUUGCCUUGAAUUUUCUUGCCAGCCCCAGGGUGCCUCCUCUCCGCCCCCUUUCCCAGGGUAUCUAUCUGUGGGUUGCCCAGGCUGGGGAGGGCAGCCAUAGCCACAGCCACAGAACUUCCUGAAAGUUUACAUUGCAGUAGCAUUUCGGGGUGCGGGGGGCAGCUCCCCCAGGCCCUGCCCCCCAGCCCCACCCACUCAUGACUCUAAGUUUGUUGUAUUAAUAUUUAUUUAUUUGGAGAUGUUAUUUAUUAGAUGAUAUUUAUUGCAGAAUUUCUAUUCUUGUAUUAACAAAUAAAAUGCUUGC